AUGUGCAACCAAGCCAUUGAGAAGGUAGCCACUUCGGCCUCCAACACCGCCGAGAAGAGCCGCAAACGGUCGGCCGGCUCUUUUGAGGAGCAGCUUCUGGCUGCUGACAAGGAAGUGGUAAGUUUACUGAUUGUAAAUGGUAAUAUAAAAAAAAUAACAACAAUUAAUAGCAUUGUAAUCAAUAAUAAAAAUUGUUUAUCUUUAUAAUUUUUAGCCAAAGAAAAGGAGCAAAAAAGCUAAAAAAGCCGCCGAGCCAGCCCCACCAUCCGCUGAGGAGGUUGUCAAGGCCGUUGAGCCAAGUUUAGCCUAAGGAACGGCCAAGUUAGCCAAGCUUGUAGAAGUGGCGGAGCCGGCUUUGCCUGGAUUAGGUAAGUUAAGAAACAAGGGUUUAGGAUACUGUAGUAUAUUAUGAAAAUUGGAAAAGACGUUUUAGUCCUUUUAUAAGCAAUACUAAAUACAUAGUAUAUAUAAAACAAAGUAAAUAUGUAGUACCUCGUAUUUUACCCUCCCAAUUUUUAGAAUUCAACCCGCUAGCCCGCAGGGCAAAUGAACGGACCCGGGUUUACUCAGGUCGGCCGAAAGCCGGCAGCGUUGAAACCGCUGCCUCGCCAGCUAGCAAGUAUGAAGGCUGGCCGGUGGAGAAGCUAGAAAAGAAAUGGGUAGCUAGUCCAGCCGAACGGCCAGAGCUUAUCAAAGCCUACAAAGCUUUGGCCAACAAAGAAUUUAAAACGGCAGAAAAAGAGGCGGACAUUUCUUGGCGAGCUUUUUAUAUGGUAAGUUUUUGUAAAGAUACUGUAACUCAAAUUUUAACUUUUUUAGCAAUAAUAUUAUAAGAAAACUUUAUCAGACCUGUUAGAUAUUUUGCCUUAUUUUACUUAUAAAAUAAGAACAUUCCGCUAUACCUUGUCUAACUUUUCAUUUUUCAGCAACUGUACAAAGAGCGUGAAGCCAAUCUGGCAAAUAUCGCCAGAGGCAUCAAAAGCCGCCAGGAAAAGAUCGUCGCAGAGACCAGUAAAACCGUGACGGUGGGCGCGAUCAACCCACCCAGUAUGCAAAGUCGUCAGAGACGGAACGGCAUUGAACCAGCCACAGUUCGCCGCAUACCAGGUGCGGCCGAGCUGUCACAGGCCAGAAGAAGAGUCGGUGAAGGAGAGAGAAGAAGGCCAACUCAUAUGGCUGCAGCAAUGUCGGCUAGGACUUCGAACGUGCGAGCUAGAGAUUCAAUGGCCAGAAGUAAUAAUGCAGCCAAUGGUAACAACGGAGCCAAGAAAAGUCAACCAACGGCGUUGAUGAAACAAGCCUUAAGGAUGAUGAGGAACAGGCGGGGUCGUUAG